AUGCCGUACACCAAUCGCACUUCGGCGCCUUGGUCUCGCUACUACGCUACGGCCAAUAGAAGGGCAGAGCCGCACCCCUUUUCUCCAAAGACCCGCCCCCUGAGUGCCUUCCUGUCAGCUCUAGGGAGUCUCCUGGCCCAGGUGAUUGAGAAGAGCCAGAAGAAGAGGAGCCUCGACUGGCGGGACCCCCUGCGCUUUGCUGUCUAUGGAUUUUUAUUCACUGGACCUCUCAGUCAUUACUUCUACCUGUACUUGGAGCAACUGAUUCCUUCAGAUGAACCGUUGGCUCUCGUCAAACGUCUGCUGGUGGACCGUCUCAUUGUCUCCCCAGCCUUUGUGGCCCUUUUUUUCCUGGUCAUGAACUUUUUGGAGGGGAAGGACAUGUCUGCGUUCUCCAGAAAGAUGAAGUCUGGUUACUGGGCAACCCUAAAGAUGAACUGGAAAGUGUGGACUCCUGUCCAGGUUAUUAAUUUCGCCUAUGUUCCUCUGCAGGUAAGGUCCUUACUUUCUUUGCUCUAAUUUCAUUUUCACUGA